UAGGGAGCAGAGCAAGAAUAAGACUGUGGAUAUAUGUUUUGAUAGCUUUGGGUUCUCUUUGUUUUUGCCUAACAAUCAUAAAGAAAUGUAUUAUAUUUUGUGUGUGUACUAAUCAUUGAGCUUUAAUCCUGCACGAAGGCCAAGAUGAAUCUCUUAGAGUAGAACUUUACAGUAACUAUUAGAAUAAAAAAAACAAAACACAUUGACUGCUUUAGUUUUUUAGAUUCACUUCUGUCUUAAGUAUUUUUUGUCUCCAUAUAAAAGAUAUCAAAAUCUGUGCAAACAACUUGACGUAAAAAGUAUCUAUGUACAUUCUGCAGUCUAUGAUGCCAAAAUGACAAAAUGACAUCACAGCAUUUAAACAUGUUUUGAAUGAAAACAUCAGCAUAUGAAAACAAAACUGAAGAGACACUGCAACCGUAUGAAAGAAGACGACUAUUUAGUGAAAUUUCUACAUUUCCCUGAGGAUUAACUGCUCUGUAAUUUACCAAGAACUAAAUCAAAAUGAAUGGAGGCGGAGAUCGAUCACAAAAUAACCAUAAUGGCCGACAGGUUAACCCAGAAAUGUUUCCAGGAGGAGAUCAGGAGCCAGCUUAUGAACCUAUUGGUGGAAUCUGGGGUUUAGUGGACCGUCUUUGUGUUUUUCUCUAUGAUAUCUUUUUUUGGAGACUGAUUGAGCAAUUAGAUGAAUUAGAGGAUCAAUAUGAUGUCUUAUACAUUGACUUUCACAAUGUCAAUGACGGCAAUGUCAACAAUGUAAACAAUCAAAAUAUUAAUGGGAGAGACAAUAAUGCCAAUGUUGACAACAAUGAACUGCAUGAUGAUCAUAAUGCUGUUGUUGUUGUCGGCAUUGAAAAUGACGAUUCUGAUGAGGCAUUUGAAGACUGUGAGGAUGUUCACCCGUACAUCCCAGAAGAGGAUCCUCAGCCAGGUGUAUCCAGGAAGCGGUCUAGAGAGAUGGAUGUGAAAGAUGCGGAACCAAACAAAAGAAUCAGAUGGAGCGAGGAGUCUUCUGAUGAUGACACUGACUUCAUCUCUGCCUGUGACACUGAUAGCGAGGGCCGUCCUCAUCUUGGUAAUAUUGCUGAUGAGGUACCGCUGCCUGUUGGAGCCACGAAAAGGUCCAGAAAGGAAGAUGGAGAUGAAGAAGAGCCUAAUAGCAAAAAAUCCAGGCUCGCAAACUCUGAUUCGGGGAACAGCUCAAAUGUGUAUGAUCACUCUGAGAGCAGUAGUGAUGAACUUUUUGAAGACGCACAUGAAGAGCCUGACAACCAUGAAACUGGAGGCUCGAGGAAAAGGUCCCGAGAGGAUUUGGAGGAAGAAUAGGAAUACUUGCGUGUUUGCAAAUUUCGGAGGUGUUCAAAUGAGUCCACCAGCACCAGUGAUGACAACUAACACUAUUUCAACGGGUUUUUUCUGUAUCCUUUUAGUAGGCUGAUGGCCUACUCAGGUGACCCUGAAUCCUCCCUUGGUUUUGCUGCAAUAAGCUGGGCAUACACUGUGUAAUUUUUUCAGUCAGCUCCUGUUCAAGCUGUCCGAUUGAGUCGCAGGGUUUAGAAGUUCGUAGGUCACGAUGCAGAGUCUCACACUAUAUGGCCCGAUGCUCUGUGCGACCUGAGUGCUCACACUGUGUGUCCUUAGCAUGAAGGUUAUAACACAAAAUUUUACACUAUUUUCACGGUUGUUGUGGUCGCGAUAAUUUUGUGAGGCCACAUCGAAAAGGCUCGGAUGAGCUUGGCAGUUCUACAAGUUGUGCCUCCAUCGCUUGUGUCCGGAUCACACGCUGCACUGCCGUGCUGUUCUGUCUUUUCGUUUUCGUCUCUGUGUUUGCGCGUGCGCAGUGUGAGACGUUGCGUUGACACCCUCACGACGGCCGACAGGAUUUCAAACAGGUUUGAUUUUCUUACGACCAAACGACUGAUGAUCGGGAGCUGGUCGUGAGGUGUUAAUCACUUCACGUUACCCCAUGUAUACGAUGCACAACACACGAUUAAGGCCAAACUCGGGCCGAUCCCCAAAACGGUCGCAUGACUGAAAAAUCGGCUCAAAAUGGGCCACACAGUGUAUGUCCAGCAUUAGGCGUAGGCUGCUGGGGGAUUCCCAUGAUGCACUGGGUGUUUCUUCUUCACCCACUAUGUGUUAAUAGACCUC